AUGCGCUAUAUUGGACCGCAGCGCCGAGCGCUUUUGUGUUUAAUGACCUUCAGCUACCGGGAGGCACAGAGCAGUGCCCCUUCCACCGCCCCCUCAUGGCCCCCCGGAGCCGGGGUGCAGGGAGGCGGCUGCGCCGGGCGGGCCGCGGGUGCUGCGCGGAGAGGCCCGCGUCUGGGGCCGCCCGGAGCGGAGUGGCGCAGGCAGGGCAGUGCGCAGGGCGGAGGAGGCACCGCGGGCCCCGCACCCUCUCGGCGCCCGCGGCCAGGGCGCAGCGGGCGAGGCUUGGGAGCGGGACGGGGCUGGCGGCGGCUCCCCCACCUACUUGCUGGCGGCGAGGCGCGGGGGCCUGGGGCCAGCGCGCAGCUCCCAGCUCCCUUUUCGACUCUUGCAAAGGAGCGAAACACGCCCCGCGUCCGCCUCAUCCCUUUCGACUUUUCCAACAGCCGCUUCCAAGCUGUCAUUAAGGACCCGGGGCGCUCCCCGCAGGUCCGGGGCAAGUCCGCGCGGGUCCAGCCCGCCCGGGGAAGCAGCGAGGGAGCCAGGCGGGAGGGGCGGCGGGAGGGGAGCUGCGGAGAGAGGCGCGCGGGACCCCGGGGGACCCUCCCCGCCGGCCCCGGCCUCCGCCCUCCCGGUUUCGGAGCAAACUGGCACCGCUCCCGCUGGCGGGCGCCCGGCCCGGUGGGAGCCACGUCCGUCCCUAAGCCCCCCAGGCCCGUUGGACGAGCGGGCGGGGAGGGUGAACUUGGGUCUCGGCCGCCCCCACUCCCGUCCCUCUUCCAGCCGGUCGGGUCCUGGGCGCGUUCUCCUUCCAAGUUUGCCAACCGCCAUCGGUUUCGCCCUCGGGGCUGCGCUGCCUUCGGCGCACGGGGGCGGGCACCUGCGAAACUGGAAAGGCGGCCAGAGCUCGGCAGGCCCCGCUUUCCCAGGGGAGACGCGGCCCCAUUUCCAGCCAAAUGCCCGCCCCCGGCGCGCCCUGGCGUCGCCGCCUCCCGCGGUCCCGGCCCAGGGCAGCGCCCCCAGAGCCGCCCGGGAGCGCGGCUGCUGGCUCGGGCAUCACAGCCCGGCCACCUCCGGAGCUAGAAUGGCAUCCUCGCUUUCUCCUCCCCCCGCAGCCCGAGGGUCCCCUGGAGUGCGGGCCGCUCCGAGCCCCAGGGCCAGGGAAACCGACGGAACGAGGGCCCCGGAGCCUGGCGGGCCUGGGACUGGACCGGCCCUCUCGGGAGGCAGCCUCGCCAGCUCCUGGCAUCCGCCUGGGGUUUGCCUCCCUGUCCCAGUUCUAUGCGGUUCAUCCGCGGGAGUCUUGUCAAUUGCCCAUGGCCCCCCCCCCCCCCGCUUCUGGGCAGUUUAUCAUUUUACUCAUCAAUAGAAACGCAUCCGUCAGUUUGUAAUUUUUAACAAAAAGGAAAAGGAAAGAAGCCAGAACUAGGUCUCUGGGCCGCGGGAGCGCCUGAGUGAGAGCGGAUGGUGCGGUGGGAGCGGAUGGUGCGAUCCUGUCUCUGCGGACCAGCCCUGUCGUCCCGGCUGUCGGCCUGGGGCGCAGGGGAGCGUCGGGGAAACAGCGCCAGCCGUUUCAGAUGCUGCCUGGACAGUUUGCAAACCACCGGCAGGCCUCCCGCCUGCGUUACCGACCAAGGACGCACCUUGGAGAGCGCGCCGGGCCCUGGUCGCGCGGAGGCUGAGUCGGCUCCUGGCGCCAGCCCUUGACCCGCUUCCAAAAUCCUCUGCCCAUCACGAUACGUCCUCACAUGUUGGAAAACACCUCUUGAGAUGGUCUUGAGCAAUGUUUUUCUGAACUCGGAUGAAAACAGAACCCGUGCCAUCCACCUCUACAAAGUGGAAGAAGAAAACUCCAGAAGAGCAAGAUCUAUGUCGUAUCGGUCACGGCGGGCCUGGUUCCCUGCCAGCAGAGUUCCCGAGCAUGUGGCUGGCACACGGUGGACACUCGAUGUUUGUAAAGCCAGUAGUCUGCGGGGAACGCAGUUCUCCGGAAGGCCGUGUGUUCUCGUGGAGCCUAAGAUGUUCUGCUGUCCUCACAUUCUGAUACCGAAACUUCAUCUGCUCAAUACAGAAGUCCAGGGUGAGGGCUGUCAACGUUCAAGUAAAAUUAAUAAUAGUUUCUUUACCUUCGUAACGUAGCUUUGAAGGGUCUGUAGGACUGAAGUGGAUGUUAGUCCUAUUAUUCAAUGACCUUUAUUUCAGUGUCACUGCAAUACUAAUUAAGGUGGAAACGAAGAUAUGUGUUAAUGUCUUGUAACAAAUACGUGUUUUUUAAAUAAUGGAGGAGCUAUUUAUAUUUGUCUCCAAACAUAAAAUGUCCCUGAAACUAUCUACUAUAUUUUUAAAAAUAGCCUAUUAAUUUAGUAAAAGUGAAAUAAAACCAACAAUAAUGUACAAAACA